AUGAAUGAAGUGUCACAGUUUGAUGCUUACCCCAUGUACCGGGUCGAUGAGCUGCUGGACCGGUCUUUUGAAGGACAAUACGUCACAGUGUUUCUCCCUGGAAGCAAGAAGAUCCUAAGUCUCUGUGAGGUUGAAGUGUACUAUGGAUACCCAUCACCCAAUUUAGCACUUAAAGGAGAAGCUACUCAGUCAUCUACGCUCUCUUUUGCUGCUGCAUCCAAAGCCAUCGACGGUAGACGGAACUCGUUCUAUACCAAUGGGUUCUGCAGCCACACUGCUGAAGACGAGACCGACCCCUGGUGGCGGGUAGACCUGCAGCACAGCUUUACAAUCACUACUGUAAAAGUCACCAACAGAGGAGAUUGCUGUGCUGAAAGACUGGAUGGAGCUGAGAUCCGAAUAGGGAACUCACUGGAGAACAAUGGAAACAAUAAUCCCAAGUGUGCUUCCAUCUCCCACAUAAAAGUGGGUAAAACCUACACAUACCAGUGUGACGGAGGCAGCAUGGAGGGUCGCUUUGUGAACCUGUUUCUUCCUGGACAGAAGAAAACUCUCACCCUGUGUGAAGUGGAGGUGUAUGCUGCCCGAGCCCCCAAAGCUGUCACUCCUCCACCAACUCCUCCACCAUCUCCUCCCACUGUGAGCGUGCUGCUGGGCAAAAGGAAUGUGAUGGUUGUGGGAAAGAGGCUUUGCUGGUCUGAUGCUCUGAUGUACUGUAGACAUUAUCACUGGGACCUGCUCAGCCUUCACAGCCAACAGGAGCAAGACGAGUUGGAGCAGCUGCUGGGCAGCCUUCCCUUCACCCUCACAGACUACAUCUGGCUGGGGCUGCGCAGGUCACUAAGAGGAAGUGACUGGUUCUGGAUGUCUGGACAUUCCAUGAAUUUCUUCCAUUGGCCACAAAAUUGGGUCCCUCGCUAUUAUUCGAACACCUGUGGCGGCAUGGGCAGCACAGAGGACUUCCAGUGGAAGGACAUCCAUUGUGCUGGGGACGACAUGCAAAGAGUGUAUUUCUACAGCACCAAGAAAGACAGAACCCUAGAGUAA